ACACACACACACACACACACACACACACACACACGCAAUCGCACACACUCACUGACACACAUCUAAACAUCUCCUAUCACUGACAGAUCGAUGAGAAACACUUGUUUCCCAUCCUGAUCGUGAGCGUUUUAGGUGAAACCAUCAUGAGAUGCUGUGUGUGUGUGUGUGUGUUUCCUGCAGGUAUGGAUACGUGUGUGCCAGUAAAACCAUGGCUUUACGCAAACUACUGAAAGAAGAAACAGCCGAUUCAGGAUUUACCAACGAGGAGAAAGAUCCAGAGGAAUUCCUCAACCAGCUUUUCCUGCUUCUCCAGGUUGAGCCGCUUCUGAAGAUCAGGUCUGUGAGUCAGAAAGCGCAGGAGUGUUUCAUCUAUCAGCUCUUUCCUCCGGCGUCUCCUCCGCUCUCUCCGCUCGUGUCUCCGGCCGCGGGGCUCCUGCGUGUCUCCAGCGUUCAGGCGUUACUCGAGUCCUCCUUCAUGCACUCGGGACUCAAGCUCACGGAGGCUCCGUCCUGCUUGCCGCUCCUCAUGCCCAGAUUCGGCAAAGAGUUCAAGAUGUUUGACGCCAUCCUGCCCUCGCUGAGCCUCGACAUCACCGACCUGCUGGACGAGACUCUGCGGCAGUGCAGUAUCUGUCAGUCGGUGGCGCAGUGGGAGUGUCUGCAGUGUUACGAGGAUGUUGACAUCACACCUGGACAGUUAAAACAGUACUGCAACACCUGUAACACACAGGUUCACACACAUAAGAAGCGUCAGACGCACCGGCCGGUGGAGGUGCGGGGGCCCCUGGGCUGCUGGGAAGGGCCGGUUCACGGGGCCCGGCAGCUGAUGGAUCUGUUCGCCGUCACCUGCAUCGAGACGAGUCACUACGUGAGCUUCGUCAAACACGGACCCCAACCCACGGACUGGCUGUUCUUCGACAGCAUGGCCGACCGAGAGGGAGGAGAGAACGGCUUUAACGUGCCGCAGGUGCGCUCGUGUCCGGAGGUCGGCCGUUAUCUGAGUCUGUCGGUGGAUGAAAUCUCUCGUCUGGACGCCUCGUCGCUCAGAGACCCUGUCCGCCGCUUACUGUGUGACGCCUACAUGUGUCUGUACCACUGUCCUCAGCUCUCGCUCUACAAAUAACACUGCUUCUGCCUGUAUAUAAACAUAUAUAAACAUCACAGUGCAGCACAGGAGGAAGGUGCGACUGUAAAUAGUUAUUUUUUAAAAGAUUUUUAACAGAAUGCAGUGUAUGCUUAUGUAUGUUUACAAAUGUAAAUGUUUAAUUUUAUAAACAGAAACUGAACUGUA